AUGUCGGACGAACUUGGCAUCACACCCGCCUGCUUCACCAAGCUCGUGCAAGAUCUCCGAAUCCACACUACUCUCACGGACUCGCGCUUCAUACAACUCGAGCAGAAGGUCGGAUUUCUCCUGCAGGCACUUCGACACAGUGAUGGUGUUCGGAAAGUGGGUCAUAGGUUUCAGCACUCGACUUCAACCAUCGCUAUGUGAGUGGAAGCUAUCGUUUGCGCAAAGGCCUCCAGUCCUUACCUCGUCUUAUUUUGCAGCGAGCUGAUUGGUUGCUACUGUCCCUUGUGCAGGUAUAUUCACGAGGUGGUCGAAGCGAUUAUGACCUCCAAGCUCUAUGGCAUAUAUGUGCAUCAACCGAGACCCGACGAACCUACCAGCGGAAUCAUCACGCGUAACCCGAAGCUCCAGCCAUAUUUCGGCCAUUGCAUUGGCGCUCUAGACGGCACUCAUGUCCCCUGGAAGGCGCGCGCUGGCGAUGAUCGUCGCUUCCGAAAUCGAAAAGGAUUUCUAUCCCAGAACGUGUUCGCGGUGUGCUCGUUUGAAUUGCUAUUCCUGCAUCUACACGCGGGGUCUGAAGGCAGCGCACAUGACCAGGAGGUUCUCGCCUGGGCGAUAGAGAAAGGCUUCCAAAUUCCUGGCCCGGUCAAGUACUAUCUUGGUGAUGCGGGAUACACCAUGUCGGAGAACAUCAUGGUCCCUUACCGCGGAGUUCGAUAUCAUCUCCGCGAGUGGAUCGCAGGUGCUCGAUCUUCGUCGCGCGAGACGUUGUGAGUACCAUCCCCUACCGAUUGCGGAAAUGCGCCGAUCGCCGCAAUGUACGAUCCCACAGGCCGCAAUCACGCCAGUCAACCGACGACAAAGAUGUGUAUUGAUUCGUACCGUUUCCCCCUGUCUUAGACCUUUCACCAAGCAAGAGCUAUUCAACCUCCGCCAUGCCCAGCUCCGCAACGUGGUCGAACGUAUUUUCGGAGUGGUGCAGCGCAAGUUCUCAAUUCUCACCGGUUCCGCGCCAGAGUACAGCUACAAGAUACAGGCAAUGAUUCCCUUGCUUUGCGCCUUUUUGCACAACUAUGUGCAUAUCAACGACCCCAUCAAUUCAUCGACUGGCAAAGCGCGAGCGGCGAGGAUGACUCUGGAAGCAAAACGUGCUCGUCUAGAAAUCAUCUACAAACGAAUAGAGGAGGCUUUGCAGAACCCAGGGGUAGCGGUGGACGAGGAAGUCGAUGACCCGCCAGAAGACCAAGCUGAGGGUCUAUCCAUGGAAGCCACACGCAAUGAGAUUUCUGAUCGAAUGUGGAUCGACUAUUUGAAGUACAAGGAGGGGCCGCGGCGUCGGCAACAGGUGCUUGAUCACCUGGACGAGCUUCUCCUCGCGUUCGAUCACGAGGGGCCUCUCCUGCGAUAG